UAUUGUAACAAGGAAUUCCUAGUGUUUUUACGCAACUCUCUCUCUCUAUAUAUAUAGAGUGUGGUAGUGUAUUUGUUGGGUACAUGCUACAUACUUACAGGUUGAAGUGAGGUUGAAUUGGUGGUAGUGGAAUUGGAAAUGGGUUCGAUGGAGGAAGGGGCGUUUCCGGUGAAAUUGAAUUCGGCUUCAGAUUCGGAUUCGUCAUGGAAUCCGACGGACGGAGUGAUAUUCUUCGGGAUAAGCAUGGUGAUGGGAAUUGCAUCCAGACAUCUCCUCAGAGGAACCAGAGUCCCUUACACCGUCGCUUUGCUCAUCCUUGGGAUCGCCCUCGGAUCUUUAGAAUACGGAACACAUCAUCAGCUGGGAAGGAUUGGGGAUGGCAUUCGUCUUUGGGCAAAUAUUGAUCCUAAUCUUCUAUUGGCUAUUUUUCUUCCUGCGCUUCUUUUUGAGAGUUCAUUUGCGAUGGAAGUGCACCAAAUAAAGAGAUGUAUGGCACAAAUGAUUCUACUUGCCGGGCCUGGAGUUCUCAUUUCUACCUUCUGUCUUGGCGCUGCUUUAAAGCUUACUUUUCCAUAUCAAUGGAGUUGGAAAAUGUCUUUGUUGCUUGGGGGACUUCUUAGUGCUACUGAUCCUGUGGCUGUUGUAGCUCUGUUGAAAGAACUUGGUGCAAGCAAAAAACUGAGUACUAUAAUAGAAGGAGAAUCCUUGAUGAAUGAUGGGACGGCAAUAGUGGUCUAUCAACUAUUCUAUCGGAUGGUCCUUGGGCAGAGCUUUAAUGUGGGCUCUGUCCUAAAAUUUCUAACCCAAGUUUCUCUUGGAGCUGUAGGCAUUGGUCUAGCUUUUGGAAUAGCCUCUGUUUUGUGGCUUGGAUUUAUUUUCAAUGACACUGUGAUAGAGAUUGCGUUGACACUUACCGUGAGCUACAUUGCUUACUUCACUGCUCAAGAGGGAGCUGAUGUUUCUGGUGUUUUGGCAGUGAUGACUUUGGGGAUGUUCUAUGCUGCAGUUGCUAGGACUGCCUUUAAGAGUGACGGACAACAAAGCUUGCAUCAUUUUUGGGACAUGGUUUCUUAUAUUGCUAAUACUCUGAUUUUCAUCUUAAGCGGAGUUUUUAUAGCCGAAGGUGUGAUCAGAACGGACCAUAUUUUCGAAGGCCACGGAAAUUCAUGGGGCUACCUCAUUCUCCUCUAUGUUUUUGUCCAAGUGUCUCGGAUGAUUGUUGUUGGGGUAUUGUAUCCCUCUCUGCGGUUCUUUGGGUAUGGUCUGGACUGGAAGGAAGCAAUUAUUCUUGUAUGGUCGGGUUUGCGAGGUGCUGUGGCAUUGGCACUUUCAUUGUCAGUUAAGCAAUCUAGUGGAAACUCAUACAUCGAUUCUGAAACAGGAACUCUGUUUGUUUUUUUCACUGGUGGAAUCGUAUUUCUAACGCUUAUUGUGAACGGAUCAACCACCCAGUUUAUUUUACAUUUUCUAAAUAUGGAUAAGCUGUCCGCACCAAAGAGACGCAUAUUGGACUACACAAAAUACGAAAUGUUGAACACAGCUCUCAAAGCAUUUGGUGAUCUAGGAGAUGAUGAAGAACUAGGACCUGUUGACUGGCCUACUGUUAAAAGACACAUUAAAAGCUUAAAAGAUGUGGAAGGAGAAUGUGUGCACCCUCAUACUGUAUCUGAAAAUGAUAAUAAUUUGGACUCUAUGAACUUAAAGGAUAUACGGAUACGCUUUUUGAACGGUGUUCAAGCUGCUUAUUGGGAAAUGCUUGAUGAGGGAAGGAUCACGCAAACUAUUGCAAAUACCUUGAUGCAAUCUGUGGAUGAAGCAAUUGACUUGGUAUCUCAUGGGUCCUUGUGUGACUGGAAAGGUUUAAAAGCACAGGUGCAUUUCCCAAAUUAUUACAAGUUUCUUCAAACAAGCAUUUGUCCACCAAAACUGGUUACAUAUUUCACUGUGGAAAGGUUGGAAUCUGCCUGUUGCAUUUCUGCUGCAUUUCUCCGGGCCCAUAGAAUCGCGCGACGGCAACUACAUGACUUCAUUUGUGAUAGUGACAUUGCAACUAAUGUCAUCAAAGAAAGUGAAGCUGAAGGAGAGGAAGCAAGAAAAUUCUUGGAAGAAGUUCGUGCUACAUUUCCUCAGGUUCUUCAUUCUGUGAAAACGAGGCAAGUAACAUAUUGUGUGCUUAAUCAAUUAAUUGAUUAUGUCAAAAAUCUUGAGAAGAUUGGGUUGUUGGAAGAAAAAGAGACGAUUCAUCUUCAUGAUGCUGUCCAGAAUGAUUUGAAAAGGUUACUAAGGAACCCUCCUUUAGAGAAGAUUCCAAGCAGUGUCCAUCGUUUCCUGGUAGAGCUUCCUUCUUCUGUCAGUGAGCAACUUGCAGAUUCUCCCAAAGAGAUAAUGAAACUACGUGGUGUGACGCUAUUUAAGGAGGGUUCAAGGCCAGACGGUAUUUGGCUCAUUUUGAAUGGAGUGGUGAAGUGGACGAGUAAGAGCAUAAAAAAUAAGCACUCAUUACAUCCAACAUUUACCCAUGGAAGUACUCUUGGCCUGUAUGAAGUGCUGAUUGGCAAGCCAUGCGUAUGUGACAUGAUCACAGAUUCUAUGGUACUGUGUUACUUCAUUGAAGCUGAAAAGAUACGUACAGUGCUCAAAUCUAAUCCAGCAGCAGAGGAUAUCUUUUGGCAGGAAAGUGCAACUAUUCUUGCCAAACUCCUACUUCCUCAAAUUUUUGAGAAAAUGGCCAUGCAAGACUUGAGAACCCUUGUUGCAGAAAGGUCAAUAAUGAGUAUACGCUUACGGGGAGAAACUAUAGAAAUACCUCAACAUUCCAUUGGCCUUCUAUUAGAAGGAUUCGUAAAAACACAAGUUAUCCAAGAAGAAUUGAUUACGUCUCCUGCAGCACUACUGCCUUCAUAUGGGGACCUAAACUUCCUAGGAUCAGAAACAUCAGCUACUAGGCAAGCCAGUUUUUCUCAUCAAGCAUCCUGGUAUCACUUUGAAUCGAGUGCAAGAAUAAUAAUAUUUGACAUCGCUGCAUUUGAAGCCCAUAGGACUCUCCAGAGAAGGUCAUCUUCAGUGGUGUCACGUUCAGUUGAUCACCCUUCUAGAUCCCUAAGUCGAGAACAUUGUGGUCUUAUGAGUUGGCCUGAGCAUUUCUUCAAUCCAAGGCAACAAGCAAACAUGUCUGCUAGGGCAUUGCAGCUGAACAAAUUUGAAAGAAUGGUCAAUAAAGCCCAAUCACCUGUGAGAAUUUUGCCUGUUAGUCAAGCGAAAUCAUCCCAUAGCCUUUCAUAUCCAGCAGUUCCAUCAAGUCUUGGGAAAGUGCUUGUUUCUGUGAGAUCAGAAGGGUCCACUACUGUGAGAAAUCACAACCGUGAAUUCAAAAAGGUCACAGAACAAAAUCCGGAAACUCCACUUCGAAGUUCAAACACACAAAGGAGUCCGGUAAUAGAUGAUGACUCUAGCGAUGAGUCUGGUGCAGAAGACGAAUUGAUCGUGAGAAUUGAUUCACCAAGUAGGCUUUCCUUUCGCCAGCCUUCUUGAUUGUUCUUUUUAUCUGGAUUAUCACAAUUGUAAAUUAAUUUUUAGAUUUUCAUUUGAAAAUAUGAAGUACUUUUAAAUGGCUGUGUAAUAUAUAGAAGAAAUUUCGACUAAAUAAGAAUGUACCUGAUGAACUACAAGGAAGAUUGGCCUAGUAAUGGAGAGAGGGUUACAUGCCGGAUACAUUUUAAAAUUAGUCAAUUUUUUGUAUUUCAAUACCAAAUUGUAUCAUCAAACCAGACGUAACCUUUUGUGCCUUACUCAAAUGGGAUUGUCAGUGUGCUCUUUUAAAGUCUAUGAGUGAUGCUACAUCCCCAAUUUUGGAGUCUCCGGAUUUUAUAAAAUUAUACUAAAAUAAAAAAGUAAUUAUACUAAA